CGUUUUUAACCAAAGAAGAAGAAAAUUACAAAUAUUGGAACGCUAAGGGUUUAAUUUCUACAAGAAACCCGAACCGAUCUUAAAUUCGCUUAAGAACACCCCGGAAUCUUUUAAUAAGAACAUUUAAAUCUUCCUGCGUCAUUCCUGCAGUCUGAGUCUCACCGGCUUCCGUAGCGCUUUGCGUCCUGCGGCGUGGCGUCGAACCGGCAGCUAUUUGGGUCGGAACCAUGAGCCGAAGCUACAACGAUGAGCUGCAGUUUCUGGAGAAAACGGGCAGCACGACCUGGAGGAAAAAGGGCUUUGUUCCCAACAUGCAGGUUGAAGGAGUCUUCUAUGUGAAUGAUUCCCUGGAGAAGCUGAUGUUUGAGGAGCUCCGGAACGCCUGCAGAGGAGGAGGUAUCGGAGGGUUCCUGCCGGCCAUGAAGCAAAUUGGGAACGUUGCAGCUCUGCCUGGAAUUGUUCAUAGGUCCAUCGGACUCCCAGAUGUCCACUCUGGAUACGGCUUCGCCAUCGGCAACAUGGCUGCCUUCGACAUGAAUGAUCCAAAUGCAGUGGUGUCUCCGGGUGGCGUCGGCUUUGACAUUAACUGUGGUGUCCGACUCCUGAGGACCAACCUGGACGAGCGGGACGUCCAGCCGGUGAAGGAGCAGCUGGCUCAGUCCCUGUUCGAUCACAUCCCGGUCGGAGUCGGCUCCAAAGGAGUCAUCCCAAUGGGGGCCAAGGAUCUGGAGGAGGCUCUGGAGAUGGGGGUGGACUGGUCCUUGAGGGAGGGCUACGCCUGGGCUGAGGACAAGGAGCACUGCGAGGAGUACGGCCGGAUGCUUCAGGCCGACCCCAGCAAGGUGUCGUCCAAGGCCAAGAAGAGAGGCCUGCCACAGCUGGGAACGCUUGGGGCCGGAAACCACUAUGCCGAGAUCCAGGUGGUCGACGAGAUCUACAACGAGUACGCCGCCAAGAAGAUGGGCAUCGACCACAAGGGCCAGGUGUGCGUGAUGAUCCACAGCGGCAGCCGCGGCCUCGGACACCAGGUCGCCACAGAUGCUCUGGUUGCCAUGGAGAAGGCCAUGAAGCGGGAUAAGAUCACAGUGAACGACCGGCAGCUGGCCUGCGCUCGCAUCACCUCCCAGGAGGGCCAGGACUACCUGAAGGGAAUGGCUGCUGCAGGGAACUACGCCUGGGUCAACCGCUCCUCCAUGACCUUCCUCACCAGACAGGCCUUCUCCAAAGUGUUCGGCACCACGCCAGACGACCUGGACAUGCACGUCAUCUACGACGUUUCCCACAACAUCGCCAAGGUGGAAGAGCACAUGGUGGACGGGAAGCAGAGGACGCUGCUGGUUCACCGGAAAGGAUCCACCCGUGCCUUCCCUCCUCACCACCCACUGAUCCCGGUGGACUACCAGCUCACAGGCCAGCCGGUGCUCAUCGGAGGGACGAUGGGAACCUGCAGCUACGUCCUGACAGGAACCGAACAAGGAAUGACGGAAACGUUCGGCACCACAUGUCACGGAGCGGGCCGUGCCCUCUCUCGAGCCAAGUCCCGCAGGAAUCUGGACUUCCAGGACGUCCUGGACAAACUGGCCGAUAUGGGCAUCGCCAUCCGAGUGGCAUCUCCCAAACUGGUGAUGGAGGAGGCUCCAGAGUCGUACAAGAACGUGACGGACGUGGUGAACACAUGUCAUGACGCAGGAAUCAGCAAGAAGGCCAUCAAACUGAGACCCAUCGCUGUGAUCAAAGGCUGAACACCUCACAGACUCUUUAGUCUGAACUGGUUCUUUUCUCUGCUUCUGAACAGUUCAGUUCAUUUCUGUUUAAAAGGAAGCUGAGAGGCUGGUUCUGCACCGAGACCAGCUGUUUUUGGUUUACAAAAUAAAAGUGAUCACAUGAA